AUGGCUCCCUCCAACUCGACUGCUGCCAUCGAGCAUUGCUUCUACUGCUUUGCGGUCAUCGAGCACAAACUCAACCCCAAGUCAUCGCCUCCACCCACACCACCCUUUGUCGACAACGGCCAAGAGUAUCCGCUCUUUGUCACGUGGAACAUCUUCCCACACAGCUCCGUCUCGCGCAAGUCCAACACGGUCUCUAUCUCGCCUAAUGCCGAAGCUCGGUUGAGAGGCUGCAUCGGCACAUUUGAACCAUAUCCGCUCGCCCAGGGUCUCGCCGAGUAUGCCAGCAUCUCUGCUUUCAAGGAUCAUCGCUUCUCGCCCAUCUCGCAAUCCGAGCUUGCACGCCUCGAGUGUGGGGUCUCGCUGCUGACAGGUUUCGAGGAGUGCGACGACUACCUCGACUGGCAGGUCGGUGUCCAUGGCAUCUAUAUUCACCUCCCCAAUCCCGCACUCGCUCCCAAGCCGCUGCUCAGUGGCGGCAACGAAGACAGCGCCAGCUCGUCGUCUGGCUCGGGCGCAUCUACCCCUGCACCAGCUUCGUCCAAAAAGUCGCGCUUCUCCCGCGCCGGACCCGCGUUCCUCACGGCCACCUACUUGCCUGAUGUUAUCCCGGACCAGGGCUGGACCAAGCAAGAGGCCAUCGACUCGGUCAUUCGCAAAGCAGGCUUCAAUGGCAGGAUCACUGACGACAUUCGCAAUUCCCUCCGCGUGAGGCGCUACCGUUCCGAGAAGGUGCAGUGUACCUAUGCUGACUAUGUUGCUUGGAAGCAAGAUCAGUAA